AUGGACUUUUUCACCAGCAGCCCUACAAAGGGCAUGGUGUUUUCAGUGGGAACCGCCCGCUACACUUUGCCAGGCGACGUAAUGAGUAGGUCGGAAGUGCAAAGUAGUGGUUUGGGAAGCCUCAUGAGAAAAGAAGGCUUCAAAAACAUACCCCCAAAGCUUAACAAAACGGAGGAUGGGGCUAUUAUACUCGAGAGACCACAACAGUCUUUCGAGCUUCUCGUCGAGCACUUGCUCGGCAUGGAGCCUCUGCGGGGAUGCCCCAUGGCUGAAUUCGCAGACAAGUAUAUCGCGCUGAAGUCUGAACUCCUUUACUGGCAAUUGCCAACUCUUGAUGUUGCCUUUGAUGAUUACCUCUUUUACCAAUCCGCCUGGACAGAUGGUGAUUGCUUUUUCCCUUUACGGAAGGAAGAUUCAAAAGCAUUCGCUCGAACAGAUUUUGAUGAACAAAAGCCACCGAACUUGCUGCAAUUGUCAGCAGCAGCAACGCCACCCGAAAUCGAGGGCCUUCUCGAUGGACCCUCGGAGAAUUGGCAGUGCUGGGCAACCCCUAUGCCUCAAGGACACCAUCAGCAGCUGCAACAGCAACAACAGCAGCGGCAGCAGAAAGACCAGCAGCAGGAAGAGCAAGACUCAUCGCAGCAUCAGCAACAACAGCAGCAGCAACAACAGCAAAUCGUACAAAGUAGCGCACAACCCAAUGGGCAGAACAGGCUUUACAUUGUAGCAGGCAAGGACCGCUUCCUUUGCUUGUGCUUUGGUUUAUCUCGUCCUUGUGUUCACUUCAGUCAACUGCCAGACCGAGAAGACUUUACGCCCUUAUUGUUGGUGGCGGCUCCAACAGAUAUGACACUCAUUUGGUCACGUGGCGCCUUUAUUCACUUGAAAUGCAUACAAAACAAGCAAAAGGAGAGCAAAUUAUCUUGUCAAAUUCAACUUAUCAACAAAUCUCCCUCAUGGCUCUGCGUACACCCAACACUAGGAUCGGUUCUCUCAGGCGUGGAAGGACCUGUCCCCAACAUAUUUUGUUUCGGAAUGCCUCAAGGUAAAGUUGUCCGAUUCUUUCCGUGGGGCGCUAUCGCAAUUAACGGCGAAGUCUUCUGCGAGCCACCAGCCAAGGCAGAAGAGGGAAACGGCGACUCGCAAUCUCGUGGCAUUUUGGAAGCCCUUGGGGUGUCUGCGCACCUCCCCGUGCAGUCGCAGCCUCGUGCUGCUUUGGCGGCGACACUUUUGCGUCUCUUCAACAAAGCAUUCCAACCUCCUCUCCGCAUUUUCUUUCUCAACGUCGACAAAGAGGCGAGACCUGUGACAUUGAAGCGCCUGGAUGAUUUUGACAUCCAUGAUCUGCGUAAUGAAGACGCUAGCGGUUACAACAUCAUGCUGGCUCUGAAGGGAGCCCUAGCUGAAACACGGGCUGAUUUAGCAUUUCCGGACAAGGUGAAGGGAGGAAAAAGCAUAUUCUUUCCCAUUGACGCGGAAGGCAGAUUAAUGAACCAAAAUCAAGUGCUGAUAGACAGUGGGGGUCCACAAGGUGAAGAGCUCCUCUCCAUAGCCCUCUACGCAGAAUACGACUGCUCAACAAGGAAGUACUCUGCUUUUGAAACGGGAAAGAAGCUCUUCGAUUUCCACAGGCAAAUGUUCAUGUCUCGCGCGUUAGGGCAUUCAGGCAGCUGCCAAAUAAUGUAA